AUGGCCGUGCAAGAAUUAACUGAAGAUGCCUCAAUGCCUAUUGCAAUUGUUGGCAUAGGGUUCCGAGGUCCUGGUGAUGCAACUAAUGUGGAAAGUCUGUGGAAGAUGAUUUCAGAGGGCCGAGAGAGUUGGUCCAAGAUUCCCAAAGAUAGGUGGAACCAUGACGCAUUCUAUCAUCCUGAUGCAAAUAGGCACGGAACUUACAAUGUCACUGGUGGUCAUUUCUUGCAGCAAGAUGUAUCACAAUGGGAUGCACCGUUCUUUCAAAUGUCAGCUGCUGAAGCGGCAGCUCUGGACCCUCAACAAAGACUUCUGCUGGAAUGCACCUAUGAAGCAAUGGAAAACUCUGGUACUACCAUGGAACAAUUUUGUGGUAGUGAUACCUCUGUUUUCGCUGGAGCUUUCACCACUGACUAUACCGAUAUUCUUUGGAGAGAUCCCGAAUCAACACCAAUGUAUCAGUGCACAAAUUCUGGGCAGUGUCGAUCAAACAUUGCAAACAGACUAUCCUACUUUUUUGAUCUCCACGGCCAGAGCGUAGAUGUAGACACGGCUUGUUCAACCAGUCUUGUAGGAUUGCAUCUUGGCUGCCAGAGUCUGCGGACUGGUGAAGCUAAAUUAUCCGUGGUGGCGGGAGUGAAUGUUAUUCUGAGCCAUGAGGCAUGGGUUACCAUGAGUAUGAUGAGAUUUCUGUCUCCCGAUGGACGGUGCUACUCAUUUGACGAGCGUGCGAAUGGGUACGCACGUGGAGAAGGCGUCGGCGUUCUCCUACUCAAACCACUAAGUGACGCACUGCGUGAUGGUGAUACCGUUCGCGCUGUUAUUCGGGGAACCGGUGCUAGUCAAGAUGGCAGAACUCCCGGAAUAACCAUGCCCAACGGCGUGGCUCAAGAAAGGUUGAUAAGAGGGGUGUACGAAAGGUCCGGGCUCAAUCCUUUGGGAACAAGCUAUGUCGAGUGCCAUGGAACUGGGACUCAAGCCGGUGAUCCAUUGGAAACGCGAGCAGUCUCUCGUGUCUUUUGUGAAGGCAGGGAAGCUAACAACCCCGUACGGAUCGGAUCUGUGAAAACGAACGUUGGCCAUCUGGAGGCAACCAGUGGAGUAGCAGGGGUGAUAAAAGCUGUUCUCAUGCUCGAAAACAAAGUCUACCUACCGAACAGGAAUUUUCAGAAAGCGAACCCUAGAAUUCCGCUCGAGGAGUGGAAGCUUAAGGUUCCGUUGGCCGUGGAACCUUGGGAUGGGCCAUUACCCCGUCGCGCCUCCGUUAACAGCUUUGGAUACGGCGGAGCGAUUGCCCAUGUUAUUCUCGAGAGUGCGAAAGAUUAUUUGACACUACGAGGUUACCAUGGACAUUUCAGGACAACCAAAUCCCUAGUUACUUUGCAGUUGAAGUCAGAAUAUACGAAUGGUCACUCCAAUGGUACUACAAAUGGGCACGGGAAUGGUAUCAUCAAUGGCUAUUCGAACGGUAUUACCAAUGGGCAUCCUAACAGUGCUGUCAAUGAUCACUCCAAUGGCAAUGGUUGGAAAGAAAAUUCCCACAAUCUACCAGAAGAAGACUCCGCUCGUCUCUUCGUGCUCUCCAGCUUCGACGAAUCCACCAGCAAGCGGCAAGUUGAAAACUUUCGGCAGUACCUUCAAGAGCGAGUGGAUGAUGUGGGCCCCGACUUUCUACAAAAUUUGGCAUACACUCUCAACGAGCGAAGGACUCAUCACAUGUGGAAAACAGCAGUAGUUGGGCGGUCAACAACAGAUUUAGUCUAUUCACUGGAGAAUGGAGCAACCUUCAGCAGCAGUGGGAAUAAAAAGAGAAAGUUGGGAUUCGUCUUCACAGGCCAAGGUGCACAGUGGUGUGGUAUGGGUAAGGAAUUAAUAUCAACAUAUCCUCUUUUCCGGGCCUCUCUGGAGAGGGCUGCCGCCUGUCUUAAAGAUGUCGGGGCACCGUUUGACGUUAUCACUGAGCUUACUAGAGAUCCCGAAGGCUCCAGCAUUAACCGUGCACUAUACAGUCAGCCUCUUUGCUCAGCUGUCCAAAUAGCUCUGGUCGACUUACUUACCUCUUUUGGCAUCAAGCCAAGUUCAGUAACCGGACAUUCUAGUGGCGAGAUUGCCGCUGCUUACACCAUCGGAGCUUUGAGUCUCGAGGAUGCUAUGCACGUUGCAUAUUUCCGAGGUGUUGCUUCUACGAGCCUCGCACAGAAAGGUAUCUUCAAAGGAUCAAUGAUGGCUUUGGGACUCUCAAAAGAAGACGCUAUUCCUUACCUAGCCAGACUGACAAAAGGAAAGGUAGUGGUGGCCUGUUCAAACAGUCCAUCAAGCGUUACAAUUUCUGGGGACGAGACUGCGAUCGAUGAAUUGCUCGUGAUUAUGGAAGAAGAUAAGAUAUUUGCGCGAAAACUUAUCGUUGAGGUCGCAUAUCACUCACACCAUAUGGCCGAGGUUGAAAAAGAAUACCGGGAUGCUCUCUCUAACAUCAAGGUCCAAACCAAUAGUGAAGGAGAGUUCUUUUCAUCCGUCACGGCUCAAAAGGCUGUUGCAUCUGAAUUAGGACCUGAUUAUUGGGUUUCCAACAUGCUCAACGAAGUAAAAUUCAGCGAGUCAUUACAGCAGCUUUGCUUGGAUACAUCAUCCGGGAAAAAGACACAAAAGCGCAACCAGCAAUCACAAAUCGACGAUAUUAUUGAAAUUGGGCCCCAUUCAGCGCUUGCUGGUCCAAUUAAGCAAAUCAUUCGGGCAAACGAAAAACUCAGUUCCAGUUCCAUCGCUUAUCAUUCAGUCCUCACGCGAAACAAGAGUGCAGUGGAUACAGUUCUAAAACUAGUCUCGUCGCUUUUUACUCUUGGAUAUCCAGUAGAUCUAUCCACUGUUAAUCGCAUGUCUAGCACAGAGAAGCUCUCCGUACUAGUUGACCUUCCUCCAUAUUCCUGGAACCACAGCAACACUUACUGGCAUGAAUCUUGGAAAAGCAAAGCAUAUAAGAAUCGACCAUUUCCAAGAACAGAUCUGCUUGGUGCUCUUGAGAGAACGUGUAGCCCCAUGGAACCCCGCUGGGCAAACCACAUCCGGCUUUCUGAGGUUCCGUGGGUUCGUGAUCAUGUUAUUCAAGCAAAUAUUGUCUAUCCAGCGGCUGGGUACCUUGUCAUGGCUAUCGAAGCAGCAACUCAGCGCGCCAUUCAGAGGUCAGUACCUACGAUAGCCGGCUAUAACAUUCGAGAGGUGGUCAUAGGAGCUGCCCUUGUCAUCCCUGAAAACCCUGGAGAGGUUGAGGUGUCUGUGACCUUGAAGUCCUAUUCGGAUAGCAUGAUUUCUCCGUCAGACCUAUGGGAUGAAUUUAUUGUCUCAUCUGUUAGUGGCGAUGACCGUUGGACUGAGCACUGUCGCGGACUCAUAGCUAUACAAACGCCACCUAAGUCAGCAAAUGUUAUUGAUGGAGAAUCUCAGAAGGCCGGUGACCGAAAGAAUCUUGUUUCAAUGAUUGAUCGAUUUAACGAAGAAUGCCAGAAGGAAAUCAACGUCGCGCAGUUUUACCAAACAAUCGCCAAGCUUGGUCUUGAAUACGGCGAAACAUUUGCUUGUAUGUCAGAGGCACGAGCCAGUCCCGGUUGUUGCGUGGGCUCCAUCAAAAUCCCCGACACUGCUGCUGUAAUGCCUCAAAAGUACCAAUUUCCCUUCGUUGUCCAUCCUGCCACACUUGACAGUCUGUUCCACACCAUUUUCGUCUCUCUAGAUGCAGAUGAAAUGAAAGAUCCUGCAGUGCCCGUAUCCGUGGAGCACAUCUAUAUUUCCAACAGCAUCACGUCAACACCUGGGGAAGAACUGGUUGCCUACACUUCUACGGAGAAAAAGGAUCCUCGGACUGUCUCUGCCUCUCUUACCGUUCUAAGUGCUCACCAAGGGGCCGAAAGCGAUCCCGUUAUUACUAUUCGAGGAAUCAACUGUACGACCCUGGGAGUAGCGGAAUCCCAAGACGCUUCCUCUGAGAGCCAAUCUCGUGCAUACAACUUCGACUGGAAGCCAGAUAUUGAGAUGCUCUCUGGAGAGAGUUUAGCAACCGUAAUCCGGUCUGGGCCGUCUGUCCAAUCGUUAAAUAUUCGUCAUAGAUUUGAGGUGGCGGCAUUCUAUCUUUUGAAAUCAGUCAUUGAGGGUAUGAAAGGCAGUCUAUCUUCAAUUACGACAUCCUACCAGCAGGAUCUCUGGGACUUGGUAGAUCGUGUUGUCAAAAAGACUGUUGAGGAAAACCAGAGUAGCUUAGCUGAGAUUUGGAUCUCGGCCGGCAAAGAUGAACAAAAUGUUUUUCUGGACAAAAUUAAGGCCUAUGGCCAUGAGGGCCGCACCCUUCUCCAUAUUGGUAAAAGAUUGCCUAGCUUAUUGCGAGGUGAACUGGAGCCAUCAUCAUUACUAAGUGAGAUUGAAUUAUCAGGGUUUUUCAGUUCCUCAGAUACAUUUAUAAAUAGCUCGACGGUGGCAAAAUAUUUAGAGCUCCUAGCUUUUAAGCAGCCUAAUGUCUCCAUCUUGGCUUGUGGCAAGCUAUCUGGGUUCCUUUCCAUCCCGGUUCUUGCAGCAUUGGAUUCCAAGGCAGGACAAUUGCCUUAUUUUUCGAAAUUUGAAUAUGCAGACGAUGAUUUUGACCUCAGUGACCUAGUGAAGGCAAAAUGUUCCAGAUGGAACGGUUUAAUAUCGCGCAAGGAACUGGAUAUCGCGGUUGAUCCUUCAAAGCAGGACAUUGCACUAGGGUCGUACGAUGCUUUGAUUGUCUUCCAAUCCCUUGGAUCUGAAAACUUAGUCAGAAGUACUCUUGAAAAUGCCCAUAAACUUCUGAAGCCCGGCGGAAAAUUGCUUUUGGUCGGCCGGCCUAUGAAGUCUCUCAUCGUUUCAACCAUGUUUGGGUUUUUACCCAGCCUACUACCCGCGAAAGGAAAAUCAGAUAACGGAGAUGCUAUUGUUUCGCGUGAAGUUUGGACAGAUAUUCUGUCAGAAACUCGUUAUUCAGAGGAUGUUAUCAUUCCUAACGGCACAGAUACGACCAAACAUGCCGCCGCCUUUCUGACAGCACUACCAACUAAGCCAAGCGCGCCAAAGUAUCCAAACACCCUUGUCAUCUGGGAUGGAGCUGAAAAAAGUAUAUCUACUCGGACUCUUCAGGAGCAACUGAACGCUCACCACAUAGACGUCGAUAUCUCCUCGUUUCAGACUGCCAAGCCACGUAAAGAUCAAGUCUGCAUUGUGCUUAGUGAUCCAUCAUCACAAACCUUGAUUAACACUUCAGAUAUUCAGUGGGACGUCUUGAAAACCAUAUUCCUCGAAAGUGGGGGUGUGAUCUGGGUUACUCGCGGAGCCACUAUAUUGUCUUCGGACCCCAGUAGCAAUCUUAUAUCAGGCAUUGCAAGAACAGUCCGCUCUGAAAACGGCGAAUCUCCAAUUCUAACAUUAGACCUUGACUCUGCCACACUGUUAGAUGAUGCCAAAACAGCACAACUCAUCGUUACCUUAUUCGAGCGUCACUUCCAAUUUGGGUCAGCACCCAAGGGCAUAGAACCUGAAUAUGCCGAAAGGAAUGGUACCCUCAUGAUCCCAAGGCUGAUUGAAGAUAGCCAACUUGUGAAAUUCAUAACUAAUACGACGGCUGAACCCAAACCCGAGCUCCAGCCCUUCCGACAGCCAGGAAGACCACUUCGCAUGCAUGUGGGUACUCCAGGGUUGCUAGACAGUAUCUAUUUUGUGGAUGACAAUAGAUUUGACGAUGGUUUGCCAGCGGAUUGGGUCCAAAUGGAAGUUAAAGCCACUGGGUUUAAUUUCAAGGAUGUCAUGACUGCUUUGGGUCAGAUUCAGCUCAAAAGCCUUGGUUGGGAGGCGAGUGGUGUGGUGACAGCAAUUGGCAAAGAUAUUACUCAUGUGCAAGUUGGAGAUAGGGUUCUAUCCUACGGUGCCGGACUUUUCAGUACCGAUUAUCGUGGACCAGCCGAUCGUUUUCAUAAGAUUCCCGAACAUCUGUCUUUUGAAAGAGCUGCAUCACUUCCUGUGACGUACGCGACUGCAUACUAUUCAUGCCAUUACAUCGCAAGAUUACAGAAGGGAGAAACUGUACUGGUGCAUGCUGCAAGUGGCGGACUUGGCCAAGCUAUUAUUGAACUUUGUCAGCUAGUCGGCGCAGAAGUUUAUGCCACCGUUGGUACAGCGGAUAAGAAGCAAUUCCUGAUGCAUUACUUCAAAAUUCCCGAAGACCAUAUUUUCUUCAGCAGAAAUGGUAGUUUCGCAAAGGGAGUGAAACGAAUGACAAAAGGUAGAGGCGUGGACGUUAUCAUGAAUUCCCUGGCUGGAGAAAAUCUUCGUCUCACAUGGGAUUGUAUCGCUCCCUGGGGUCGCUUUGUCGAGCUUGGUCAGAGGGAUAUCAUGAUCAACACUCGCCUCGAAAUGAAGCCGCUAAGCAGAAAUACAACUUUCGCAGGAUUCUUGCUUGAUGACCUAUUUGAGCAGAGACCGGAAGUAGCAAGCAAGGUCAUUGCGGAGGUCAUAGACCUUUUCCGCACUGAAGCGAUUCGGGGGCCAGCCCAGGUUCACAGUUAUCCAAUCUCCGAAGUUGAACAGGCCCUACGCACAAUGCAGACCGGUGGUCAUAUGGGAAAACUUGUUGCCAUUAACAGUCCUCAAGACAUGGUCAAAGUAGUUCCCCAAGAUAAUACCAAGUCCUUACUUCACGCGAAUGCAUCUUACAUGUUGGUUGGCGGGUUGGGAGGCAUAGGCCGCGCUACCGCUCUUUGGAUGGCUGAUCAUGGGGCGACCAAUCUCAUCCUUGUCAGUCGUAGCGGUCCAAAUAAUGUUGACGCCAAAGACACAGUGCGGGCUCUCGAGUCUAAGGGGGUUAAAGCUGCCGUUUACAGUUGUGAUAUCACGGACUUCGCCCAGGUGAAGUCAACUAUCGCGCUUGCUAAACAAGAUAUGCCCCCAAUUAAAGGAGUUAUUCAGGGGGCAAUGCUACUUCGGGAUACUUUGUUCCAAAAUAUGACCCUGGAAGAUUAUAAAGCAGUUUUGUAUCCAAAGGUGCAAGGAACAUGGAAUCUACAUAACCAUCUACCGAAAGAUAUGGAUUUCUUCAUCAUGGAGUCCUCGGUAAGCGGAAUUAUUGGAAAUGCAACCCAAGCUGCGUAUGCAGCCGGAAACACCUUCCUAGAUUCGUUCGCAAGCUAUCGAAACUCUCAAGGACUCCCCGCGACAACGAUUGAUCUGGGUGCAAUUUCUGAUGUCGGUUAUCUUGCAACAAACUCGGAUCUCAGAGAGGCCAUGCAACGACAAGGCUUUGAGCUCACAGACAAAAAGACGCUUAUGAGCCUUAUCCACUUUGCAAUCGAAAAUCCACGUCGACCAGCACUUCUCUCGCAAUGUGUCACUGGUCUUGGCGUUUGGAAUGAGGGUAACUCGCUUGACUCGCUUAAUCUCCCGUUGUUUGCACACUUCCGCAGUCUCACAUCCCAAGGCUCCGGUGAUGUCGAAGCCGCAGGUUCCGCCGGACAACUGCGAAAGAACCUACGCAAAGCAACCAGCUUGGAAGAUGCAUCAGAACUUAUCUGUACGGCUCUAAUCAGCAAGAUCGCAUCUCGCGCGGGGGUUGGCGUUGAGCAUGUCAAUGUUGGCAACCCUAUAUCAGACUACGGCAUUGACUCACUUGUGGCUGUAGAAAUUCGGAAUUGGAUUUCAAAGGAGAUGAACUCGACAAUUCCUAUCUUAGAGUUGUUGGCAAAUACACCACUAAGUCAACUGGCCACCAAGAUUGCUCAGCGAUCAAGGUUAGUUCAGCUCAACGAGGCGGAGAAGGUGUAG